AUGCCUCCUAAGAGUGGCAUCUCGCGCACGCGUAACGUCGGUUACGACGACGACGAUAUCUACGACGAUGACGACUAUUAUGAAGAGGGCGGGGAGGAUGCCGAUGCAGGAGACGGCAUGACAGAAGACGACAAAGAACAGAUGCGCACAGGCACAAUACGAGUGAGGGAAGCUCUGGGAGACGUGAGCGACUUUACAAGCGAUGAGCAAAUCCAAGAAGCUUUAUGGCAUUACUACUACGACGUGGGCAAGAGUGUGUCGUACUUGAAGAACAAGCUGGGGGUUGCGGAACCAAAGCAAGAAGCACCCAAGCAGGAAAAGGCCAAACCAACGUCGCGGUUCGAUCAGGCUGCCAGCGUAGCGCAUCAGAAUGCGCCCACAACUGCAGGUAAGCACACUCACAUAUACUUUAGCGACAUGCAAGAGUCCGUCUGUCCUGUCGCACCGUUGCCCACCAUCUGCCUGCCCCCAAUCUCGAUGCCUGCCGCCAACUCUGCUGUCACAGACUUCUUCUGGGAUAUCCCCUGGGGCAACGUACCACCCGAACGUAUAGGUGUUAUAACCGUCGAUGCGCCACACUACAGAGGAGGUUUGCUGGGAGGUUCUUCAAAGUUGGCUGCACUUGCAGCUAAGCGAAGAAAGGAGCGAGAGGAUGCCGAAGCUGCAGCCUCAAAAACAAAAAGUAAUGCGGACGCGGCCAUCGCCAUGCUCGACAAGCUCUCGGUCAACAAUCCAGAGAAACCCAGCAGUGUAGAAGCAGAGCGCCCAUCUCGAACGUCUAGAUACCCCAUCCGAAGACGUUCCCCGUCGCCAGCCCCAGAGGCCCCAAAGGAACCUGAGACGGUGGAGCCUGACGCGCCACAGCCAGCCAUCGUUGUUGAUUUCCCAGCGCAACGCGCAACAGCCUCAAUGUUUGCUUCCACUCUUUGCGGGUCUGAUUACGCGACCAAGCAUCCACAACCCCAGAUUGAAGAAUUCCCAGUGCCAUUCGCUGCGUACAAGUCUUUUGAUGGAACAGAAGCCUUUGCAGGACCGAGUCCGGACGAUGUGAAGAAGAAGCAGACCAACGGUGAUUUGGCAGAGUCAGUCGAGAAGCUCGCCGUUUCCGAAGAGUCUAGAGUUAAGAGCAAGAACCUCAAUGUGAUAGAUGAGUUCGAGAAGAGCAAUAUGAAGCGAAUGGCGAAUUUUGUCGUAUUGGGACAUGUUGAUCACGGCAAGAGCACACUCAUGGGCCGUCUGCUCUAUGAUCUCAAAGUCAUCGACCAACGGUCAAUAGACAAACUGCGAAAAGAGGCAGAGACUAUUGGAAAGUCGUCGUUCGCACUAGCCUGGGUUAUGGAUGAGACCAGCGAAGAGCGAAGCCGUGGCGUUACUGUUGAUAUCGCAACCAACUACUUCGAGACAGAAAAGACGCGCUUUACAAUAUUGGACGCGCCUGGACAUAAGGACUUCAUCCCAAAUAUGAUUUCUGGAGCGUCACAAGCCGACUUUCCGGUCCUAGUCAUCGACGCGAGUACGAACAGCUUUGAGUCUGGUCUCAAAGGUCAAACAAAGGAGCAUAUCUUGAUCGCACGAAGCAUGGGAAUGCAGCAUAUCAUCGUAGCUGUAAACAAGAUGGACACCGUUGGCUGGUCAAAAUCUCGAUUCGACGAAAUCACCAAGCGCAUGUCAACUUUCCUCACAGACGCAAGCUUUUUGGAAAAGCGGAUAACCUUCAUACCACUAGCUGGUCUUACCGGCGAAAACGUCGUCAAAAAGAUUGAAAACUCCGCCGCACAUUGGUACACGGGCGAAACGCUUCUAGAAGCUCUCGAACGCAUCGAAAUACCCAAGCGAAACCUCCAAAAGUCCCUCCGUCUCUCCGUCGCCGAUGUCUUCCGCGGAGACAUGCGCUCGCCACUCAGCAUAUCCGGCCGCAUCGAAGCCGGAACACUUCAAAUCGGCGACGUAAUCCUCGCGCUCCCUGCCAACGAAACCGCAACCAUCAAAUCCAUCGAAGUCCAAGAUGCGCCCGUAGAAUGGGCUGUUGCAGGCCAGAUCCCCACCCUACACCUCGCAGAUAUCGACCCCAUUCACCUCCGCCAAGGCGACAUUGUCUGCGCCCCCAAAGACCCCGUCAAACUCGUCAAGGCUUUUACAUCUAAGCUCUUGGCCUUUGAACACGUGUUGCCUAUGCCUGUGGAGGUGUUCCGCAGCACGCUUAACUCGCCCGGUGGAAUCAGGACGUUGAGUGCUAAGCUGAAUAAGUUUACGGGCGAAGUUGUGAAGAAGAGGCCGAGAAUUGUUAAACCGGGUGAGGUUGCAAGAGUGGUGGUGCAAUUGGAGAGAGAGUUACCGAUUGAAGAGGGGAUGAGGGUUGUGUUGAGGGAGAGAGGGAGGACGGUUGGAGCGGGGUUGAUGGAGAAUGUGGCGUAGGGAGGGUUGUGGGGGAGACACUUCGGUGUUUUUGUCUGGUCUGCGUGAAAAAAAAUGCUUGUUGAAGAUAUGAUGAGGUUUAGAAUAUACAUGUUUCUUUC